AUGAAGCUGUUCUAUUGUUUCGUCGCUGUUGUACUGCUAAAUGUAAUUGCUUGUUGUGUUCGUGGCUAUCAACUGAAGGCUGCUUAUUCUACAAGGCAAAAACUGCUCGAAAAUCAAGAUGACACCCUACAUAUGUUCGUUGACAAACUGCCAAACAUGCCAAAGGUGUAUGGUUAUUCCUACGUCCAUGGGGUGCCAAAGCCUAAGCACAUCGCCGUUGGCAUGUUUAUGAAGAAAUGGAAAUUCCACCGAGAUCUACCGCCGACGACGGUGUUUGCAUUCGGCACAUCUCCGGAAGAAGCGACGGUGCCGGGCCCGACCAUCGAAGCCCUCGACUCAGUGCCCACCUACGUCACUUGGGAAAACCACCUCCCCCACAAGCACAUCCUCCCUUGGGACCCAACCAUCCCCACCGCCAUACCAAACAGAGGAGUCCCCACCGCCGUCCACCUCCACGGCGGCAUCCAGUCACCACAGAGCGACGGCAACCCGUUAGCCUGGUUCACGGCCAACUUCAGCGAGACCGGACCGGCCUGGAGCCGGCGGACCUACACCUACCCCAACCAGCACCAGCUCCCAGGCAACCUCUGGUACCACGACCACGCCCUGGGGCUAACCAGAACGAACCUGCUGGUCGGUCUCCUUGGCGCCUACGUGGUCCGCAGCCCUGAGGAAGAGGCUCCAUUGGGCGUGCCAACAGGCAAGUUCGACAGGCACCUCAUGAUCUUCGAUCGGACCUUCAACAAGGACGGCUCCGUCUACGUCAACACCACAGGGGUGAACCCUAACAUCCACCCCAUAUGGCAGCCUGAGUAUUUUGGAGACACCAUUUUAGUCAAUGGCAGAGCUUGGCCUUACUUGAAGGUGCAGAGAAGGAAGUACCGUUUCAGGAUCUUGAAUGCCUGCAACGCUCGUUACUUGAACCUGUCGCUGAGCAACGGCAUGGCCCUCACUCAGUUGGCCUCUGACUCUGCCUAUUUGCCACACCCCAUCACUCUCACCAGCGUCCUCCUCGCACCGGCCGAGAUCGCAGACGUCGUCGUCGACUUCUCGGAGUCGACGACCAGAAAGGUCGCCCUGAUCAACGACGCCGUCUAUCCAUUUCCCCACGGGGAUCCACCGGACUCGAGGACCGGAAAAGUGAUGAUGUUCUUGGUGAAGUCGGCGGGCAGGGCGCCGCUAGCACAUGAUAUGGAUAAUUCGCGGGUCCCUCAGGAUUUAAUCACUUAUCCCUCGGCAGUCUGCAACGAGGCUGUCAAGACGAGGUACAUUGUGUUCUAUGAGUACGGCGGCUCGACCGGAGCUCCGACGCAUUUGUACAUCAACGGCAGGAGGUUCGAGGAUCCAGCGACGGAGAAGCCGGCAGUUGGCAGUACGGAAGUCUGGAAGGUGAUAAACUUGACGCCGGACAACCACCCGCUGCACAUUCAUCUUGCCGUUUUCCAGGCGGUAGAGCAGAGGGAGCUGGUGGGUGUGGAGGAGUUCAUGGGAUGCAUGACUGUUGAGAAUGAUGCCCUCAAGUGCAACGUGAGCAAGCAUGCCAGGGGUCAGGUUGUGCCUGUGCCGAUGAACGAGAGGACGUGGAAGAACGUGGUGAAGAUGGCGCCGUCCUUCAUGACCACCGUCGUCGUGAAGUUUGAAUUCGUUCACUGCAAAGAGCCUUACCCGUUCGAUGCGACUGCUUAUCCUGGAUACGUCUACCAUUGCCAUAUACUAGACCAUGAAGACAAUUCCAUGAUGAGACCACUUGUUCUUGUCCCCAAGUGA